CCCUCCUCCCAUCUCCUGUACAUACAUGUAUCUUCUCGCACUGCCUGCGCAUUGAGCGUUUGAGCAUCCUACCGCUACGACCGCUCUCCGUUCCCGUCUUUGACCCCAGCAGAGCUGCCUUCCCCUUGCUUCCGCCGCGCACGCAUCCACCCGAACCAUGUCUUCGCUGGGAGCCAAUGGAGCGCCGGGCGGAGGUCAGGGAGUCAAUAACCUCGUCACCCUCAUCAAGCGGUCAGUCACCAUCCUCUGCUCCAUCUCAUCGCAAACAUGCCCGCCCUCAGCUCCCUCAUGACCCAGCAUCCCAAUCCCUCCAGCGACUCCCUCGGCUCCGCCUCGCACACCCUCGUCUCCCCCGUCACUGUCAUCCACGACCCCUCCUCGCUGACCCACCUCAUCUACAGACUUGAGGCGGCAACCUCGCGGUUAGAAGACAUUGCCAACUCCUCCGGCGCCCCCGAACACAACUUCGACCAAGCCAAUGGCCUUCCCUCCUCAACCGGCGACUCUACCUUGCAGCAUGGCACUCGAAGCGAGCCCAACUUGCCCGGCCUGCAGUCGCGCGCACCCACCUCGUCCACCGUGGUCCCCACAAAGCAAGAAGAUCUUCCGCCCAGCAUUCAGGCCAUGGACGAGCUGAUAUCAGAGCACGUUACCGCAUUCGUGGCCGCAGGCGCGGGAUUGGAUGCCCUCGUGCAAGAGCAGUCGCAAGCCGUCUCACAAGCAUUCUCCGACCAACGCCGCUUCUUACUCGUCAGUACCAAGGCCAAGAAGCCCGAUCCGCAGUCCAAGUCCUUCAUGGACCUCCUCACCGAUCUACAACACCACAUGGGCACCAUCGGGGAUAUCCGGGAUAGCAAUCGCGCCUCCCCCAUGAAAGAGCAUCUAGCCAUGGUGGGCGAGGGCAUUCAGGCUCUGCAAUGGUUGAUCAUGGAUGGGAAGCCAGCGGAUUUCGUUGGCGAGGUCAUUGGUGGCGCACAACUGUACGGCAACCGGGUUCUCAAGGCCUACAAGGAAGGCGACCAAGCCCAUGUCAAAUAUGUCCGCUCUUACUACGCCCUCCUCGAAGCUCUGAAAGCAUACAUCAAGAAGCAAUACCCCGUCGGAUUGACCUGGAAUAGCAAGGGUGAAGAUGAUGCCGUGCGUGCAUAUCAGGAGGCCGGCUCCGGCCCUAAGCCUUCGACAUCAUCAACAACAGCAGCAGGCGGAGCUUCAAGCGCUGGCGCUCCUCCUCCUCCACCGCCGCCACCUCCCCCGCCUCUUCCCAUGUUCGACAAUGUCACUUCCUCUUCUGCCUCGUCUGCUCGCGGAGUCAGCACUGCAGCAGCGGGUGGUAGUGACAUGGGCGCCGUCUUCGAACAACUCAACAAGGGCGAGUCCGUCACUGCCGGCCUCAAAAAGGUCGACAAGUCCCAAAUGACGCACAAGAACCCCGCUCUACGCGCAGGCGGCACAGUCCCCGACGCCUCCCCGUCUGCCGAAAUCAACCGCUCACGCAGCCCGGGACCGGAAGUCAAGCCCAAGCCAGCCUCAAUGCGACAAAGCAGCUCCGCUUCGCUCAAAUCCACCGCCACGGCCAAGAAGGAGGCAAAGAAAGAGCUGGACGGCAACAAAUGGCUCAUCUCCGACUACGACUCUCCCUCCUCCCCCGUCCAAAUCGAAGUCACCCUCACGCAGUCCGUCCUCAUCACCAAAUGCAAAAACACGACCAUCAUCCUCAAGGGCAAGGCCAACGCCAUCUCCAUCGACAACAGCCCCAAGACGCAGAUCCUCGUGGACUCCCUUGUCAGCAGCAUCGACGUCAUUAAAUGCCCCGGCUUCGCGGUGCAAAUCACCGGCGCCGCGCCCACCGUCUUGCUGGACCAGGUGGAUGGCGCGAGCAUCUAUUUGAGCAAGGAGAGUCUAUCAACCGAGGUGUUUACCAGCAAGUGCUCAAGUAUUAACAUUGUGUUGCCGGCGGAGAAGGAGGAGGAGGAUUCUACGGAGCACCCGCUUCCCGAGCAGAUACGGACGGUUGUGAAAGGGGGCAAGUUGGUUAGUGAGAUUGUCGAGCAUGCGGGCUGAGCGUGGGGCGUUGUCGGUCUCGUUGAAGGCAUGCCUGUGGAUUGGAGAGAUCUUAAAAUGUAAGAGUAGAUAGAAGAAAGGGGUGCCAGAGGUCGGCUUCCGCCAUCUGUGGCGGGGAAUGAGAAGUGUGUCACGUAGCUUAGGGUCGUAGGCCAACGCUCGAUGACGCGCCAAUCGUGUCUAUAGACCAGAUCGAUGAUCUCCAUUAUCCAAUUGCGAGAUCAGCACUCAGAAGUCGACCGACGGGCGCCGCUCAUCAAGCCCAGAAUGGAGAUUGAUUCCGCCCCAUCCUCCUCCAAAUGCCGGAACCGCGAAUACUGCCUCUGCAACU